GCUGGGGCGCGGCUCCCGCGCGAAGGGAGGUGAGAGGAGCCGGCAGCCGGCAGCCGCGUCGCUCCUCCUCUUCCUUCAGCUGCCGCCAUGGCGCUGCGCCGCGCCGGCUGCCUGCUGCCGCUGCUGGUAGCGGCGGCAAGCGCGGGGCUGGGUGGCUACUUCGGCACCAAGUCCCGUUACGAGGAGGUGAACCCGCACCUCGCGGAGGACCCGCUAUCCCUCGGGCCCCAUGCCACCGCCGCCCGGCUGCCCGCCGCCUGCGCCCCGCUGCAGCUCCGCGCCGUGCUCCGCCACGGCACCCGCUACCCCACGGCUGGGCAGAUCCGCCGCCUGGCCGAGCUGCACAGCCGCCUCCGCCGCGCCGCCGCCCCGUCCUGCCCCGCCGCCACCGCGCUGGCCGCCUGGCCGAUGUGGUACGAGGAGAGCCUCGACGGGCGGCUGGCGCCGCGGGGCCGCCGCGACAUGGAGCACCUGGCACGCCGCCUGGCCGCCCGCUUCCCCGCGCUCUUCGCCGCCCGCCGCCGCCUGGCGCUGGCCAGCAGCUCCAAGCAUCGCUGCCUGCAGAGCGGCGCGGCCUUCCGGCGCGGCCUUGGGCCCUCUCUCAGCCUCGGCGCCGACGAGACCGAGAUUGAAGUGAACGACGCCCUGAUGAGGUUCUUUGAUCACUGCGACAAGUUUGUGGCCUUCGUGGAAGAGAACGACACAGCCAUGCACCAAGUGAAUGCCUUCAGGGAGGGCCCAGAGAUGAGGAAGGUGUUGGAGAAGGUGGCGAGUGCCUUGUGUCUGCCAGCGAACGAGCUGAAUGCAGAUUUUGUUCAAGUGGCUUUCCUCACCUGCUCGUAUGAGUUGGCUAUAAAAAAUGUGACCUCCCCCUGGUGUUCACUCUUCAGUGAAGAGGACGCUAAGGUCCUGGAGUACCUGAAUGACCUGAAGCAAUACUGGAAGAGAGGAUAUGGCUAUGACAUCAAUAGUCGCUCCAGCUGCAUUUUAUUCCAGGAUAUCUUCCAGCAGUUGGACAAAGCAGUGGAUGAGAGCAGAAGUUCAAAACCCAUUUCUUCACCUUUGAUUGUUCAAGUUGGGCAUGCAGAGACACUUCAGCCACUUCUUGCACUUAUGGGCUUCUUCAAAGAUCCUGAGCCUCUCCGGGCAAACAAUUACUUCCGCCAGGCACAUCGGAAAUUCCGCAGUGGCCAGAUAGUACCUUAUGCAGCCAACCUGGUGUUUGUGCUCUACCACUGCGACCAAGCAAAGACCUCUAAGGAGGAGUACCAAGUGCAGAUGUUGCUGAAUGAAAAGGUAAUGCUGUUUCAUCACUCAAAUGAAACCAUCUCUACGUAUGCAGACCUCAAGAGCUAUUACAAGGACAUCCUUCAAAACUGUCACUUUGAAGAAGAGUGUGAAUUGCCCAAAUUCAAUGGUACUGUUACUGAUGAACUUUGAUGGAAUGAAAUGGAGUGGCUGAUUUGGAAACCAAUCUCAGUUCUCUUCAACAGACGUCGUGAACAAACACUUUGGACACGUGCUGCUGCUGUGUCAAUUCUCUAAGCUCUCAGAUAUGAUGGCUGUUAUUUACCUGGGUUGUCUCGGUCAGCUCAACGCGCUGUUUAUUUAUUACAUAAGAUGAAUGACAAAACCAAAUUCUGUAACAGGGAUGUCCCUGAGCAUUUGUAACAAAUGUAGUGCAAGACGAAGCGUGCCUGUAUAUUUAUGUGUACAGACAAGUAAUUUCCUAGGUCAUUCCUCUUAUGAAUGUGCUGUAGAUAGAAUUUAGAGCUGGGACAACUUUUUAUUUUAUCAAAGCAGAAGGUGCUUGAACUGAUUCAGUAUUGCUUUGUGCUGCCUUUUGGCUAGUUGUUGUUUUCCUUUGGCAGGCAUGAAAUAAUGUAAACCUGUGAGCUUUUUUUUUUUUUUAACUCCUUUUCCUGAGUCUCUAGGAGGGAGAGAGUGUAUGCUACUUCUCUAUAGCUGCCUAACUUCUGCCUGGACAGCACCACAUGAGCAUCUCACUCUGGCACUGACAGCAGGAGGAGUUGCCUUUAAAGGGACAAGGAUAUAUGAUUCUUAAGUCCUCAUUGACUCAUCCAGCACUGCAAGUUAGCCAUCAGGGUAAGUAAACUCUCCUGAAAAGGGAAGGGAGGAAGAGUGAAGGAGUGGGAGAUAUCCAAGAGCUCUUGAAAGGAAAAAUGGCCGUGCAGCAGUUGUUCUAUAAGCCAUCUGGUGUUUCCUUUUACUUGACACCAUCAGUUUCUCAUGUUAAAGUUUAGGCUGGGGCGUUCAAGUGAGGCUCUGUAAGCAGUUUGAACAUCUUGGCCCCCCUCAAAUGCUGACCGUUUUCUUAGAACUUCUGGAGGUCUCCUGCGCAUCCUGCUGCUUGGAACGAUAGUUGCCAACCCUAAAUCUGGGCAGGCUUCGGACUGUGAGAAGUAUUUUGCUGAGACUUGACUUCUGCAAGCUUAAAGGCACAGAACCUGGUAUCACUUAGAUAGGCCUUAUCCACUUGAUAAACCAGCUUGUUCUUGAAAUUGAACUGAUUCUAAAGAAAUUAACUACAUAAAGGUACUGGUUAUCUUUGAGUGUAUCUGCACUUAAAGCAGGUCUACUUGCUGCUGAGAAAUAGAAAGUAUUUUAGAGUUUAACAGUGGAGCAGAAAGAGGAGAAAUUAAGAUAAUUGUCCAGAAACGUCCAAAAUACGGCAAGCCAAAUAAAAAUCCCUUCAUUGCCCAGAAGGGAAUGGCUGGGUAAAUAGGCUGUCCCAAAGCAAAUGCGGGUGUGGUUUUCUGGUACUGGCAGUUCCCAACAUAUGUGUGCCCUGUAACAAGUGCUCCAGAGCUCAGCCCAUAAAGUGAGGGGCAGUUUGCUGGGUUGACUGGAGAGAGGGUGAAAGGGUGGUGUAACCUGUUACCACAGGAGUGUUGUAGGCACUAUAAACAUUUAUACCCUCAUUUACCUAGGUAGCCUCACCAGCAGAACUGAGAACUUAAAUGAUGGAGGGAAAGAAAAGAAAAAGGGAGUGAAACCUGGAUGAGUUUAAAGUUCAGAAGUUAAAGUAAUUGCAGACUUAGUUUAUCUUUUUUUCCUAGAGGACUUGGACUUCCGUCGCUUUUUUUUUAAAUAUAGCUUAUAUAGAAACACUUCUGAGUUUACAUAUCUGUAAGUUAAGGAGCAAUUGAAAAGAUGUUUUUUAGGGUAUCAUUUUAUGAGUGAAAUCACUGUGAGGAUUUUUUCCAUCUGUUUUUGCUGUUGUAACUUAAGUGCUCUUCAUAGAGUAGGACAUAGGUCCUGUUUCUUUAGUGCACUGAUUUCUACGGAGGCUGUGGUUCUGCUCAGCAAAAGUACUGAUUAAAGCUGGUGGAUGUUUUAGCAUUGAUGUCUUUGUAGAACACUUGCAUGUAUUAGCUCUGCAGGUCUUUUUCUGAAAGUGGGGAGGUGGCUAGGGAGGAAUAGCUGUACUGGAACACCUGUAGGAAUAUAGGUCAGGAUGGUUGCCAGCUCCAGCAUGAUCCUUCUUUGAGGCUGAGUCAAUUGAGCAUAAUUACUGUGACAGGUAACUGUUACGAACUUUAUUGCAAGGCAGUGUUUGAGGCAAGCUAUGAAGAAAGAAACUUCUGUGUAAAGACAGUGAAAUUUGUUAAAUAGCAGAUGUAAGGUUGAGAAAAUUCACCUUUGGACAUUUUUUUUUUGUGGUUGAGUCAUCCUGUGAUCAUUCAUGAUACGAACAGAAGAAAUGCGAGCUUUACUGCUGGAGAUAAGUGGAAAGUUUCCGUUUGUCUGUUCUCUUACCCACUGUGUUUGUUAAAGAUACUGUGUUCUUUGCAGAGGAAGAAUGUGUUGCCCUGUUUUUCCUUUGAUCGCAAACCAGAUAAGGCAGAAGAACCAAAUAAUUAUUUCUGUGGUGAAGCAUCAUUUGUUUCUGUAUUAAACUUGAUAGCUUGAUAGAUAAAUUCUGCGCAAGGGAAUUCAAGGAUGACUCUUCAGAGGCUGUUUCCUAUUUUGCCUUGGCUUAGAAGUCCAUUGCAUCUCCAGUGUAAUGGGUGUAUCUACAGUAGAUAUCACCAGUUAACCAAGAAGAAAAAUGUGCAAUUUGGUUUGUGAUCUGUAUGUAAAGGCUGGCCCCACUCACUCAGCUGGCAUAAUUAGGGGCUGAGCACAGAAAUCUUGCACAACUGCUGCAGCAGCUGUGUUGAGAUGUGUAUGUGUGCUGGGCACUUGUUCAUGUGACUAAUUCUUGCUGCUAGGGAUAUGACUUCAGUAUGACCCUGUUAUUUAAAAAGAACAAAGAACACGCAUCCCCAAACAACCAAAAUUAAAUUUGUACAUAGACUAAAAAGGAAAAGUAAACAGGAUCAAGUUAUUUCCAUGAAGUUGGGCACUGGCUCAGUGAGCAGGAUCCAAAUGGGCUGCCCCCUUUCAUGGCGCUGCAAGUUGGCCCAUCCUGGAAAAGCCCUGCAGGGAAAAUGAUGCCUUCACCUCCUGCAUGCAACUCCAGACAGAACCCCUCCCCUCAGGCCUCCAGUGACACCUCCAUGUGUAACUUUACCAAAACUGUAACUUUUCAUUGAUGGAAGACGCAGACUCCGUUCUUGGAUGCUGGCAUUAAACACACUUGAAAUACAUUUAUUUUUGUUGGAUGUCUAAAGCUUUACUAAUGUUUCUGGAAAACUCAUUUUUCCUUCCAGUUAAGUACUGUUGCUGUAAUUCUGGCUAGCAUGGAGCUCUCUGAUCACUGCACGCAACAUGACUUUGUGAUACUAUGGGACUAAUUGGAUGAAUUUGGAGAACUGGUUUUGGAUUUUCAGUGCUGUGAAAUAAAGCUGCACACUUUCUUCACCUGUUUUAUGAGCAGCAAUAAUGCAAUCUGUAGCAUCAUGCCUGUAUUCUGCUUAAAAUACAUUUGGCAGACUGCUAUUCUUUGCAGUGUCUGGAUGUUUCGAGUCUUCAUGCUGUCACAUUGUUAAUAUUAAAGUACAUUAAUUGAAACUUUA